AUGUUGCUAACGCAGCUCGAGAUAGCAGUCGGAAAUCCUACGCUGAAGCGGAAGUACAGCGGCGACUACAGCGGGGCACUGAAGCGGAAAAUGGAGGCCAUAAACUGGAGCAAAAUCGUGUACAUCCCCCAGGAGGGCAAGCUCUUGUACUUCGAUCAGAAAACGCACCGACUUCCCGAAACUAUAGUGACGAUGUAUGGCGACCGGGUGCAGCAUCUUGAUUUGAGCUACAACAAGCUGUCGUCCUUCGACGAUCUUGGCCGGUUUGCGUUCCUCGAGGAGCUCGUGCUGGACAACAACUGCCUGACGGAUGAGAUUAUUUUCCCCGCUCAGCUCAACACCGUGAAGCUGCUGUCGAUCAACAACAACAAGUUCAGAAAUCUGGAUCUUCUCCUGACGAAGUUAUCGCUCUGCUUUCCGAACCUGGAAUAUCUUAGCCUGCUUGGUAAUCCUGCCUGCCCGUGCCAUCUGCUGAACCUGAAGUACACCGAGUACGACUAUCAAAAAUACAGGCUGUACAUCAUCCGGCACCUUCCGAAGCUCCGCAUCCUAGACGCACAACGGGUGAAGAAGAUGGAGCGCGAUUUCGUUCGAUGCCAGCUAGAAAACUACGGCGAAACGCUCGAUCAGGAUCCGAACGCGAUCUCCGGUACGGCGAAGCAGCAGCAAUCCGUUCGGAAAAGCAACACGCUGAAGCAUUUCUACACCACCGUCAGCAGCGGGUUGGGAUUGCUCCGGAAGAACCCACCAGUCUACAGCCCACUGCCGGAGACGCUGCGGGAGGUCGGCGAUCACCGAGGGGCGUACGGACGCUGCCGCUACCGUUACGUCGGUGCCCAGUCCGAGGGCAAUCGGUUCAUACUCAACAAUGACUUAUGA